AUGAAAGAACUACAGGAUGCUCAAGAGGCUGACGUGACUCACAAGCUGUCUGAACGGAAUGUUGUAGAAAUCGUGGAAAAGAUUACAAAGAAAGGACUCAUCGAUCUUUUGAAUACUCGAUCUGGAAUUCGUGAAUACCUCACUUGGAGUGAAUUAGAAACCGAGAUAUUGGAAGAAAUCGAUGCUCAUGAUGGUCGAGUGACUUACCAGGAAUUAGAAGAUGCGAUUAACGUUGAUAUUACGUACAUUGAGAAGUCGGUGAAGGAGUUGUGCAGUCGUAACUGCGGAGUCAUGAACUUACGCAAUCAAGAGAUUAUCAGCGAUCGCUACACCGACAAUCUGGUCACGCGUAGCAUUUCCCAGAUUCAAUUCCAUGGCAUCAUGAAAGUCGGUCUUUUGGCCACUCGCUUCAACGUCCCGGUGAAUUUCCUCCAGUCCUCCGUGAUUCCUCUCAUCUGCGAGCGUAGCCCCGACAUCCAAUUCAAAAACGGAGAUCUCUUUACCACGAGUUUCAUUCGUCGAAACCAAGCCCGCAUCCGCGGUCUCUGCGCGGCCAUCGACCGUCCCUGCCUGCUUUCGGAGCUCAGCGAGCUGUUCGUGGAAACAUACUCAUUGGAGAAAACGUUCCUCCAGGAAUCGAUCGAGCAGCUUUUGAAGCGCGGAGACGUGCGAGGAAGCAUCAAAACGGGGUCGUUCAUCCCCCACAAAUUCGAGAGCCAGAAGACCGACGCGCUGCUGAGCUUCCUCCGCACGAACCAGUACAUUUCGAAGCAGCAGCUGCACCAAAACCGAGUCGGAAUGGAACGGAUUCAUCACAACCAGAUCGAUUCGCCUUCGGCGUAUUUCCAAAAACAAGGAUAUUCUCAUUCGCUCAUCGAACUCGAUUCUAUUUGGGUCGGCGACGAUUUGGUCGAGGAGUUUCACUCCACGAUCACCGAGUUCGUCAACGAGGACGGAUUCAUCGAGCUUUCCACCGUGUUUCCGCCUUCUUUCACCCCCAAAGACGUUUCUCUCGUUUUGAAACAGAUCCCAAAACUCGCCUUUGAGUUCGCCGUCAAUUCGCCAACGAUCUACACGGUUCUCGGCGACUUCGUCGUUCGAACGGAUCUCCUCAACACGCUCGCGUUGAAUCAUCUGCGAAGCAUGGAGUCCGCAGUCCUCAACGCGCUUCAGAAGAACCAAACGCUCGACUCCUGCGUUCCAUCCAUCGAGAAACUGCAGGAAGAGCUGCGAGAAGCGAGCGUAUGCGACGGAUUUGCAGUGAAACGAUACGAUGGAGGAAACGUGCGUCAAUGA